ACGGAUGUUGAACCGAUGAACUCGCCUUCCUCCGUGCUCCCCUUGAACGCCGGCAGCGAGCGGGCCGACCAGCGCACCUGCCUGAUCUGCAGCGACCGUGCCACGGGCCUGCACUACGGCAUCAUCUCCUGCGAGGGCUGCAAGGGCUUCUUCAAGCGCAGCAUCUGCAACAAGAGGGUCUACCGGUGCAGCCGCGACAAGAACUGCGUCAUGUCCCGCAAGCAGCGCAACCGCUGCCAGUACUGCCGCCUGCUGAAGUGCCUGCAGAUGGGGAUGAACCGGAAAGCGAUCCGCGAAGAUGGCAUGCCCGGAGGCAGGAACAAGAGCAUCGGACCUGUCCAGAUCUCCGAGGAGGAGAUUGAGAGGAUCAUGUCCGGACAGGAAUUUGAAGGCGAGGCCAACAUCUCGUGGAGCAACAACGGAGACAGCGACAACAGCUCCCCCGGCAACGGGGUGUCGGAGAGCAACCAGCCCUCGCCCGUCUCCACUCCGUCUUCAUGCAGAUCCGUCGAGCUGAACGGAUUCACUGCACUCAGGGAUCAAUAUAUGGGGGCGCCGGUUCCGGCCCCCUACCAGUACCUCCCGCACCUUCUGAGCUGCCCGGCUCACUCGGCCCUGCUGCCCCCGCAACCCCGAAGCCUCGACCCGCAAGCCCACGGCCACCUCAUCAGCCAGCUGGUCUCGGCCGAGGACCUGGACCCCCUCGGCACCCCGAUGCUCAUCGAAGACGGGUACAAAGUGACCCAGUCGGAGCUCUUUGCGCUGCUGUGCCGCCUGGCCGACGAGCUGCUCUUCCGCCAGAUCUCCUGGGUGAAGAAGUUGCCCUUCUUUGGGGAGCUCUCCAUCAAGGACUACACCUGCCUCCUCAGCUCCACCUGGCAGGAGCUGGUCCUCCUCUCCUCGCUCACCGUCUACGGCAAGCAGAUCUUCGGCGACCUGGCCGACGUCACUGCAAAGUACUCCCCCUCCGACGACGAGCUGCACAGGUUCAGCGAAGAAGGGAUGGAGGUGAUGGAACGGCUUAUCUACCUCUACCGCAAGUUCAGCCAGCUCAAGGUCAGCAAGGAGGAGUACGCCUGCAUGAAAGCCAUCAACUUCCUCAACCAAGAUAUCCGAGGCCUGACAAACACCUCCCAGCUGGAGCAGCUGAACAAGCGGUGUUGGUACGUCUGCCAAGAUUUCAUGGAGUUCAAGUACCCCCAUCAGCCGAACCGCUUCCCCGAUCUGAUGAUGUGUUUGCCGGAGAUCCGAUACAUUGCAGGGAAAAUGGUCGGCGUCCCCCUGGAGCAGCUGCCCCUCCUCUUCAAGGCCGUUCUGCACUCCUGCAAGUCCAGCGCCGGCAAAGAGUGAGCCGCGGUUGGAGGG